UCCUUUCCUUACGCACGCUGCGCGCGGACGUCAGCCUCUGACGUCGUCGCCCCCGCGCCGGCUCCCUACCGGGUAGCUCCCGCCGACCGUUGGGCGGCCUACUGGAGCCCCUCGCUCAGGACUCCCUCCAACCCCGGAACCGCUCUCGCGGCGGCGACCCAUGUGGGGGUUCAGGCUCCUGCGGUCGCCGCCGCUGCUGCUCCUGCUGCCGCAGCUCGGAAUCGGAGACCCCUCUUUCUGCUCUCAGGCCAGAACCAUGAACCCGGGCGGCAGCGGCGGUGCGCGGUGCUCCCCCUCGGCCGACGGGCGCCGUCAGCAGUGCCUGCAGCUGUCCGCUGUGCCGGGAGCCGAUCCGCAGCGCAGCAACGAGUUGCUCCUGUUGGCGGCGGCGGAGGAGGGACUGGAGCGGCGGGACCUCCCUGAGGACCAGGCGAAGGAGGAGCCGCAACCGCCGCCCCAGCAUCACGUCCUUUAUUUCCCUGGGGAUGUGCAGAAUUACCAUGAAAUUAUGACUCGUCAUCCUGAGAAUUAUCAGUGGGAAAACUGGAGUCUAGAAAAUGUUGCCACCAUUUUAGCCCACCGGUUCCCCAAUAGUUAUAUUUGGGUGAUAAAGUGUUCUCGAAUGCAUUUGCACAAAUUCAGCUGCUAUGACAAUUUUGUGAAAAGCAACAUGUUUGGUGCUCCAGAACACAGUGCUGACUUUGGGGCUUUUAAACACCUUUAUAUGUUAUUAGUUAAUGCUUUUAACUUAAGUCAGAAUAGUUUAUCAAAGAAAAAUAUGAAUGUUUGGAGUAAGGACUCCACAGCAUCUAACUGUAGAUCCAGUUCUUCUCAUACUACAAAUGGUUGCCAGGGAGAAAAAGAGAGGACCUGUGAAAAAUUUGAUGAAUCUGCCAUAAGAUUUUAUCCACCAUCACUAAAUGGUGCAUCUUUCACUUUGAUUGGAUUCAGUAAAGGUUGUGUUGUUUUGAAUCAGUUGCUUUUUGAAUUGAAAGAAGCCAAGAAAGACAAGAACAUAGAUGGUUUUAUCAAAAGCAUAAGAACAAUGUACUGGCUGGAUGGUGGUCAUUCUGGAGGAAGCAAUACUUGGGUUACUUAUCCAGAAGUCUUGAAAGAAUUUGCCCAAACAGGGAUUAUUGUUCAUACUCAUGUAACACCUUAUCAAGUACGUGAUCCAAUGAGAUCUUGGAUUGGAAAGGAGCACAAGAAAUUUGUUCAGAUACUUGGGGAUUUUGGUAUGCAGGUGACUAGCCAAAUUCAUUUUACAAAGGAAGCUCCUUCCAUAGAGAAUCACUUCAGGGUUCAUGAAGUGUUUUGAAACUAUAAGAAUAUUAAUGUAUUAAUUGUUCAGUGGAAGAACAUAAGCACUUUGAAUGUUACAAAUUCAAGUAAUGAGAUGUAAUUCAUAGAUGCAUUGUCAGUUUUUGGGGUAUGGGAAAGGCACACAUUCCUAAAUUAUGAGUGUAAUGUGCAGUGGUACUCCUUGCUUGUGAAUGUGAACAGUUUUUAUUUGGAUUGGGUUAGAAUUAGUUAAUUUGAAAUCUAACAAGGUGGUUUGUGAUAAUCCAAUGAGGAGAGAUAAAAUCCUUAAAAAUGAGAGUUAUAAUACAGUUCUUAUAAAAAAGUAACCAAAAUUGUUAUUGUUGGAAGCAGUUGGUUUUCUGAGUAAUGUUUUAAACUAAUUUUGAUGCCGUUUUAACAAUAGCUGUUUGGGCAUUCAAAACUUGAAUGGAAACACUUCAUUUUUCUUCAGACAAAGCAAAAACACAAUGUUUGCCAUUGUUCUGGAAUAACUGUACCCUGCCUCUUGUGUUGCAUAAACUUAGGACUCAUUCUUUAACGUGCCACUGAGUAUUUUUUUCUUGAGAGUCAAAAUAUAUUUGUUUACAAAUGUUCAAAAAUGUGCAAUAAUGUAAAGCUGGUUUUUAAAAACAUUAUAGCUGGUGCGGUAACAUGCACCUUUAGUCCCAGCUACUUGGGAACCUGAAGCAAGAGGAUUGCUUGAGCUAAAGCUGUAGUGCACCAUGAUUGUGCCUGUGAAUAGUCAUUACACUCUAGCCUGGACAACAUAGUGAGACCCCCAUCUCUUAAAAAAAUUACACGUAAGCACUGUGGCAUAAUUUUUAAUUGACAGUUUUUAAUUGAUUAUUUUGGAUAAGACAUUUUGGGGUUCUUAAAUCUUGGCCAAAAACCAGUUAGUUGUAUUGGAAAGUUGGUUUAAAUUGAGCAUAAUUAUGUAUAUUGGAUAAAAAUGUACUAUAGAGCAAAUUUCAGAUUUUUCAUUAUGUCAAGUCAGUCUUUUGAAAGAGAUCAACUUAGGUAAAAUAAAUAUAUAAUGUUCUAUUUGUUAGUGCUCUAUUGAAAAGGAAACAGAUUCAUAGAUCUAAAUCAAUGUUUCUCCAGAAGCAUGAUUUUGUCUGCCAAAAGAAAAUAGCUCUCUUUGGCCAAAAUGCAAAAUUAUAUUGCUAUAAGAAAAGUUACAAGGGAAAGUUUGAAGACACAAAUGAUUUAAUUUUGGCUCAAAAACUGAAUUUGCUUAACACUGCUACAUAAUUUGGGUGAAGUUUCCUUCUGCCCAUUUUUCAUGACCUACAUAAAUACAUUUUGAGAAACCAAGAUUUAAUGAAUGUCAACCUACAUUGAAACAUAGUUGUGUGAUUACAAUAAAAGGUGAGUGGUCACUUUAUUAAUAAUUAGCUUUUGCAGGUCAUGAAAUAAGCAGGGAAGCAACAUGCUGCUUUAGGACUGAAAAAAAAUAAGACACUGAAGCUUAAUAUCUUAAUGACCCAGUAGACCUAAAUUUAUAAAACCACAUAGAAUAAAAAUGUUAAUUUCUUGGUUUCUUCCCAGAAUUAUAUUUUAAUGAUUCUAUAAAUACAUUCCAAAUAUUCAGAGAUCAUGAAAAAGGAUUCUUACUUAGAAUAACAUCCCUUUUUGGUGUUUUAACACUUAAUUCUAUAAACCACAAAGCAGUAUCUCUAAAUGGUUUUUUUUUUUUUUUUAGACAAAGUAGUUUUAUAUUGCUUCAUUUUCUUUAAAUACCUGCUGUUUCUUUUGAGACCAAAAAUUCCCCUUAGGGAAACCAAGAUAGCCUGAUUCUAACAUUUUGCAUAUUACCUUGCCUUUAAGCACUAUGAUUGGAUGACUUUUUUCAAUUUGUUUAAUAAUCCUUGGUUAAAUUCACAUGUAUCUAAUGUAAAGUAGCUGAGCUACUGAAUGCUAUGUGGAGCCGGGAAACAAAAGGCAUUUAUUUUCACAGGAUUAACUGAAAUGGAAAAGUAGGACUUUUAGCAGAAGAAUUCAUUUAAAAAAAUCAGAGUUCUUUAGCUAUCCAGUCAUGUGAAUGCUUAAUUGUUAUAUGCAGAAAGGAUAUUAAGAAUAACUCACUGGACAUGUAGAACUGCCAUCAGAGCAAAAUUAGACAAUGUUGAAAAUUAAAAAUAUUUUCUGGAAUGAAAAUAUAUUCAAAUUGAUCCAUAUUCAGAUGUUUUCUGUUUAAUACUUCAAAUUGGUCCUUUCUCCACAUUUGUUUAAAACUGUUAUUGUAAAUGUUGUGUAUCCUUUUGGAGUGUGCCUUUGUCAUGAGUCAAUUGAGAAACAUAGUCCUAACAAAUAAUAAAGUUAUUACCACCACA